AUGUCGAAUACACUUGAUCCUCUCGUCGCCAAGGUACUUGAUCACGCCGAUUCUGACGAUGAAGAUGCUCUCAUCGCCUCCCUCGAAGAAGAUCCCGCCGUAGACGCCUUCCGCGAACAACGAAUCCAACAACUGCACUCGGAAUUCAGCCGCGCCAAAUCUCAAAAAACUCAAGGUUUCGGAAACUACACCGAGAUCAAGGAAGAAAAAGCCCUGAUGGAUUUAACUACCGAGGUCAAAUACGCCGUUGUACAUUUCUCCAAAAGUGAUUUUGCCCGAUGUGGUGUUAUGGAUACCCAUCUUUCUACACUAGCGCCCAAACAUCUCGAUACCAGAUUCCUGAAGAUCGAUGUAGAGAAUGCACCGUUCCUCGUCACGAAGUUAAAUGUCAAGAUCCUACCCUGUGUCCUGGUAUUUAUAGACGGACGAUCCGUGGAUAGGAUAGUUGGAUUCGAGGGUUUGGGUUACACACCUGAUACAUUCACCACGAAAGAUCUAGAAGCAAGACUCCUAGCCUCAGGCGGUAUAAAACGUCAAACUACCUCUGGCACUCUCUAUCUUGAUAAAAACGCAAAGAAGCAAGAAGAGGAAGAAGACGAUGACUGGGAUGAUUGA